AUGGCUGUUUUACUUGCUGCUAUCAUUUGCCCAAUUGUAUUUGCGAUUUGUUUUCUUAGUCAAACGAUUUACUUUCUGUACAAAGUUCUCAAGGAAAGACGAACGGAUUAUGUUGGAGAUACCCCGGUGACAACGGUUCAUAUGAGCGAAGGUGAAGCAUCAUGUUGCAUGGGCUGGGCGUGGACGUCCUGCAUAGAUAAAUCAACAAAUCGAAUAACAUUGAAAGUAUUUAUCGCUUGGUAUCUAGUUUGCCUUUGUUUUGACAUUCUGGUAACAGCCAUUUUCUAUGUUAUUCUUUAUCAUUAUCGACGUAUUUAUGUUUAA